AUGUACUUCUCAACAGUUCAAGUUUUCAUAGGAACCUUGAUCGUUGUAUCAGCCCACGCAAACCAAUACGCCCAGGAAAGCCUAUAUCCAGCUCCAAAGCGUGCGAGCAGGAAUGAGCCGAUUCAGGUGAUCGAGCUCCCUCUACCUCCAGUUACCCUCAAUGAAACCAAAGGCGGUUGUACCCGACAGGUCAAUCCGCAUGGGACUGGGUGUAUCGGUGCAAACUCCUCCAAUUUGCUAAGCGGGAACUUUCUUCCAGACGGGAAUCAUGUCACAGCUUCCUUGGUGUUCACUGGAGCACCGGAUUCCCCCGAUCCAAGAAGUAACUAUGCUGGCCUCAACCUAAUCAUUGUUCGUACGAAUGGAACACUAUUCCCAAACGGUGACGCUUGGAAAUGUAUCACCUGUGGCGUACCUACGGACCAACAAUAUGGCUUUACAUCUUCGAUGGACUACCAGUAUCCCCAAGCGUUUGCAGAUGGUACUCGCGUUUUGGCGGGAACCUUCAUUAUCGACUGCGGGACUGCACAGCUGGCUAGCCCCCAGUGUACCCCGGAUAAGGUCCACAUUUAUCCAAUACGGUGGAAUACUUCCCCCACAGGCUCCGGAGCUGGGGGCUCUAUUCGUGAACUACGAAAACACCCAGACGAUGUUCAUAUCACCUUUAACGCUAUCUCCUACUCGGGCUCAACUGUGUCCCAGUAUGCUUAUUUUGCGCGGUUACAAUUUAAUCCUGCACCUACAAACGGAACACCACUCACGCCGCGAUACGAUCUGGUUAAUGUGACUGGACUCUACUCCCCCAAACCUACAUCUAUGUUCUCCUUUGAUGGAAAGAAUAUGACGAUCAAUGAUCAGGCCAUCGCGGUGGGAGAGGCACGUGGCUUGAAUGGACUGGGGAACCAAGUUCAGUACCUUGGAUUUCCUGCAGAAUCUUGCAAUAUUGACAUAUUCGAUAUUAACCUAAAGAGUGGAAAGGUUGCUCGAAUGACAUAUGGUCCUGAGUAUGUCGAUCCGUUUGAUGUAUCCCCAGAUGGUGAAUGGGCCGUAAUAAUGGACACUACUACUGCCAAUCGCAUGAUGUUUCUAUCAGGGAUGAGGGGCGUUCCACCUCUUAUUGAUUCGCUCCUCACCGCUGCGAUCUCAUCCAUCCGGAACAACGGUGGACGACGGUUCUUUGUACCGUGGUUGUACAAUCGCGUCAUUCCAUAUGUCAAUUCUGACCACAGUUAUGAAGGGCAGCAGUUAAAUGCUGCAGGUGAUGGGAGCCCGGGCAGUGUGAAUGAUCCAUUCUGGAAUGGAGGUGCCGAUCCUCGAUGGUCUCCAGAUGGUACCAAGAUUGCAUACUUUCAACUGCUCACUGUAGCCCCGGACUGCGGUGGGAGCAAUCCCUUACUGUGUCCUGUAUCCACUGCUUCAGGCGGCCGCACCGCUCGGCUCAUGCUAGCAACUCUCACUAGCCGCAAGCCCUUGAAAACGACGAAGUUGCAGCCUGUCUCCGAUACCGUCCCUUGGGGUGAUCCAUAUGUCCCAGGAAGCACCACACCAUCAGUAUCCAGCCUUUCAUACGGCAACUUCACUUUAACUGGUCAAGUGAGCGGCCAUGCUGAUGUAAUUUUCACUGCCAAUAGCGCUGGGACUGCAUUAGGAACAGUCGACGUCACAUAUCAUAACUACUCUGAUAAUGGUGACAACUUCAUUGCAGGCAGAGAGAAAGUGACUGCUUUAUACCCCAACGCUACAUUGAUUCAUGUGGAUUGGAUCUCCAAUCUUUCUUCCACUGGAAUUAGUAAGAGUACGAAGGUCACUAGCCCCGGUGGUUUCCAUUUCGAAAUUGACAUUGAGGAAAACAAAUUUUACGCAAACGGGACCUUGACAACUACUGUUGAUGGUGUGAUCUAUCGACAGCCUUGUAAUGGUUGCUGA